AUGUCGGUCGCCGGCAGCCGAUCGGGCACAUCGUCGGCCGUCCCAAGUAUCAGUGAUUUGGACGGCUACACCAUUCGAGAUUGCAACUUUCCUCCUAAUGCCGCCUAUCCGUCUAUUCAAGAUGACGACUUUGGCUUCGACCCGCCUCUACUGAAAGGCCUCAACAACUAUCAGACCAAUAGUCCACCAAAUGACUUUCCAAUGUCUGGAUGGCCCGAGUUUGAGCGUGAGGAAGAUUCCAAAUCGUUCGCCGAUCCGCCAUUGAACUUGGAUGCUUAUGAGAUGGACAAGUUCAUCACCUCUACUCUUCCCAAUGUCAACACAGCGGUGUCACGAUUCGGUCAAAUGACUCCACCAAGAUCCGACUCUGCAUCUAGUACAUAUUCGAAAUCGGAGGGGAAGCUUGCUCCGAAAUCUACAGCACCUGAGCGUCGGAAGCGAACAAAAGCUCCAUCCAAAGAGGCAGAGCCGGCCACUGCUUCUUCUAUCACUACGGGCGGGCGUAAACGAAAAUCAACGCGGAAGGCCUCCACUGCUUCGGAAAAAGGUGAUUCUCCAGAAGAACAAAAGAGAAAACAGUCCCUGGAGAAAAACCGGCUGGCAGCGGCAAAGUGUCGCAUCAACAAGAAGGAGAAGACGGAACAACUACGGCGGGAUUCACACGACAAAGCUGUUCAAAAUGCCUAUCUCAAAGACCAGGUCAUGCGGAUGAAAGACGAGAUUCAACAGAUGAACGCCAUUCUACUUGCUCAUGCCAACUGCGAAGGAUGCAAUUCUCCCGAAGAAAUCCAAGCUCAUCUCAACGAUCUUGGAAACGACUUCCUCAACCAGCAGCUCGCACUUUCCGGACAUCACUUCGGCGAAUAUCCUGCUCUAAAUUUCUCAGAGUUUCCCGUCAUCCCGGACAACUUCUUUACUGAGCCGACUACAAAUCAAUUUCUCAAUCCGCCUUUGCCGGAAUUCAAUCAGUCCACUGAUUUCGAAGUCCAAACACCCAUGCAAACUGAUUGA